AACAAACUAUCACUCACUCGUACAAGAUACAGGCACACAUAUAUAUCUAUCUCUGUAUCUAAAAUCUAUAUCUAUAAUAAAAUCCGGAACACUUUCCGUAAAAUAAUUUCCAAAUUUCACUCUUCUUCUUAUCUGCUCAAAUCUCUCUGCUAAAUCUGUUUCAAUGUAACAUAUUUAAUUAACAACUACAACAACAAAAAUCAUCAUGCUCACUUCAAAAAUCGAUGACGUCAUCAAUGCCGCCGAUAAUUCACCAUCGUCAUCAGUUCCGUGCUCGAUUUGUUUCGAUUUAGUGAUCGAUGACGGUGUUAGGUCCAUCGCGAAGCUUCACUGCGGUCAUAAGUUUCAUCUCGAUUGCAUUGGAUCGGCUUUUAAUACAAAAGGAACAAUGCAAUGUCCUAAUUGUCGCAAGGUUGAGAGUGGCAGGUGGCUGUUUGCAGAUGGUUCAUCACAUGCAAAUUCUGAAACUGGUGCACCUGACUGGCUACCAAAUGAGGUCCCACAUGAUUUGAGCUAUUUCAGAAUGCCAUUUGGGUUUCCCUGGUGCCCGUUUAGUGGAUUUAUGGUUCAGUCAUCAUUCGAGGAAGCCGAGUCUUCAUUAAAUGCAUUUGCUAACUUCCAUGGAGCCCAUGCUAUUAUUACUGAACAUACUGCUGGACCAUCUUUCACUCGUUCCUAUGUUUCACAUUUUAGACCUGGUGAGCAUGUUGGCAAUUCCAAUUUCCACCAUCCGCUGAAUGCCCUUUCUGUCCCUCAUAAUAAUAUUCGUUCAACCAAUAUCCAACACCCAAGUUGGGGCUGGAAUUGUCAUUUUCUUCCUUACGAUGCUGACAGAGAUUACCUUGACCAUGGCAAUCAACCUCCGCAAAAUCUGAGAUCCGCUCACUCUCGGAUGCAAGUCGAUAUUAUACCAAGAUCCCCCUCUUUUCUUCAUCCAUUGCGCUAUACCCAACAUGGGGAGAGUUCAGUAGCUAAUUCUCAAUCUCACGAAAGGAUCCCAGUUCUUCAUACAAGCUAUCAUCAGGAACAACCAGGCGAUGUUAGAUAUAUGCCCCCAUCUACAAAUGGUUUUGGGAGAUUCAGUGGCGCAAGGGGUUUGCCUAUGAUAUUGCUGGCUGUCCCCGGUCAACCCCAUCAUCAUGGUUCCCAUGGUUUCUACAGUCAUGAGGUAGAAAGAGAUGAGCUAUCAUAUGUUCCCAUCCUGCAGGAAUCAUCCAACCAUCGAAUUUCUAGAAGCUCCGAUUAUGGCAACCAGGCUCACUGGUCUUAGCAAGGUAUGAUCCUUCUGUUAAUAGUGUUUCAUAACUUUACAAAGCGAAUCAUUAUAUAAAGAAGAGAGAUUUUGUUUAUAUGGGUUACGACAUUGCCUUUGGCAAUCCCAAAAUCUGGGUAAUGCCUUUUCUUCUAAGAUGACCAUAUAACUUUUCAUAUAUGUACAAUUGAUUUACCAAGCAGAAAGUUGUAAUUUUUGUA